AUGCAGGCAGAUGCAGAAGAAUACAUCAAGGCCAGGACUGUUUUGAUCCGUUGGAUCGGGUUAGCCUACCACAGUUCAGAGAAGAACUGGAAAUGGGAAGAUGGCUCCGUGCUUCCCAUGAACAUGCUUGACCUUUCCGGGGAUCGGAGAGACAAUAUGAACUGUGCUUAUUUUCAUCUGGGGAAGAUCCGCCCCACCUUCUGCUCGGAUAAACACUAUUUCAUGUGCGAGAGGAAAGCCGGCCUGGCCAAGGUGGAGCACCUGCCGUAGGGGGACGGGGCGCAGGCUGCUCACCCCACAAUAAAACGCACCGGAAGGAAAUCCCCAGCCACAGACU